AUGUACACACUCCAUACAAUCCCUUCAUCUAGCUAUCUCUUUCUUCCCUAAGUUAACUAUAAGCUAGCUCAUUCUCUUCCUCCAUAUAACAAAAUCUAGAAGCUGCAGAGCCCCAAAGAAAAGAAGCUAGAUCAGCAUGGGAUCUAGUUCCACUACUACUUCUGCUACAUUCUCCUUGGUUAUGCUGUUUCUACUUCUACAACAUGAUCAUUUUGCUACUGCAGACACUAGCUUGAUCCAGAAAACCUGCAAAGCUACCAAGUACUAUGCCCUUUGCAUGUCAUCCCUCAAGUCCAAUCCCACCAGCCUAACCGCAGACGGCAAGGGCCUGGCUGCUAUUAUUGUCGGAAUCGCGACCGCGAAUGCCACCGCAACCUCUUCUUACUUGUCCUCCCAAGUGCUCAGCUCGGCCAACGACGCCAACGCCAAGAAGGUGCUAAAGGAGUGUGCUGACAAGUAUGGCUACGCGGGCGAGGCCCUGCAGGGUUCGCUGCAGGACCUGGCCGCGGAGUCUUACGACUACGCUUACAUGCACAUAACUGCAGCUGCCGACUACCCUAAUGCAUGCCACAAUGCGUUUAGGAGGUUUCCGGCGUUGGUUUAUCCACCGGAGCUUGCAAGAAGAGAGGAGGCUUUGAAGCGGAUCUGUAGUGUGGUUUUGGGAAUUAUUGAUAGUUUUGGCUGGGAUUAGUGUGUACUAAUUGCCUAUAGCUACCUUGCAUACACGUUGCUAGCUAUUUCAAUAAUGCAGAUUGUCUGAAGUUACAAAUUAGAAUUCUUUUCUUGCGCU